UGCUAUAGCAGCCACGGGAAUAUAUGACCAUUCGGCAAAGUGGUAACCUUAACCGCUUAAAAUAAAUACACAACCUCAGCGCAUUUUGAUUUCCUAAGAGCCAUUCCUCCGCCAGCAGCUGGGUUAGUGCCGCCGCGUUGUGUAUAUGUGAUGGUGAGCAUGUGUAUACGUGUUUGUCGAGUGAGGAUGAACAAGCGGCUGGUGUGUCUCAACGGCGACAUUUGAUCGCACCCUUCCCAUCCCCCAAUUUGCCCCGUUCAAAUGUUGACACACAUUCCCCACAACAACUAGUUGGUGUACACUUCUCUCUCUCUCGCACACGGAUCCUCCGACCCCAACAUGAAUUUCGAACUGGAUCACGAUGUUUACUCCACGGGCGCGGGCAAGACGGCGCUGGACAAUGAGCUACAGUUGUUGCAGCCGCCCGCUGGUGAUGCCGAUGCCGACCCGGAUCAGCUGGAUCUGCAGGCCUUUCUGCGCAGUAUGCUGGCGAAUCAAGCGCCAAAUGUCAAUGCCAAUGAGCCGCUCUUUGAUUUUGAACAGUUCUUGGAGCAGUAUAAACAUUUUCAGAAUCUCACCACGGAGAAUCAGCCGCCGUUGGAAAUGUCCCCCGCCGAGCAGACCUUCCUCAAUAUACUGUACGGUGCGGCCAUCGCCGUGGCCUUAACCGGCAAUCUCAGUGUGAUUCUGGUGUUUUUGUUUGGUCGGCGAUGGAAAUCGGAUCUGUCCAUUUUUCUGGUGAAUCUAGCGUUCUCGGAUAUUGUCCUGGCCGUAUUCUGCAUGCCCUUCACCAUGUCCCAAGUGGUCAAACAUCACUGGCAGUUCCCGGAUCCCUUGUGUCCGAUUGUCUUGUUCUUGCAAUUAUCCUCCGUUCUGACGUCGGUGUAUACACUGGUGGCCAUCGGGGUGGAUAGAUACCUGUUCGUCACACGGCCACUUAAGGCGCGGUUAACCAAGCGGAAAGGCAAAUUUGUCGUUGUAUCCAUCUGGAUAUUUGCCCUUUUACUCUCCUCUGUACAGCUGGCUGUGGUGAGAUGCAUGAAGUUCAUCCAUAACGGGCAAGUGUACAAGGACUGCCAGGAAGCCUGGCCCAGUGAGGAAUACCGGAAGAUGUAUACGGUUACGGUAGCGCUGUUAACCUACGUUAUUCCCUUAUCCCUGCUAAUCUACACAUACAUCCGAGUCGGCAGUAUCCUAUGGUUACGGACGCCGCCGGGCGAGUCGGUCUCGUUCUGUUCCAUCAGCUCGAUGAGCCGUACCGAGGAGCGGCGCACCAAAUCCAAACAGCGGGUGGUAAAAAUGCUGGUGGUUAUUGUGCUGGUAUUUGCCAUCUGCUGGUUUCCACUUCAUCUCUUCUUUGUUAUGAUUGAUUUCUUCCCGGAGCUAAUCAAAUCAUGGCGCGAUCGGCAUGAGUUGUCGUUUACAUACACCUUCCUGGCCAUCCACUUUCUGGCCAUGAGCAGCUCUUACGUCAAUCCCCUCAUCUACUCCUUUAUGAACCAGAAUUUCCGGAGCGAUGUGCGGCAGUUGUGGCACCGGUCUAUUUCGGCCGUGAAGCGAUGUUGUCGGAAGAUGCGCCAGGAUGAUUAUGAGAGCGAAGAGGAGGAUUCCUUCAAGCCAUUCCAAGGCUCCCCGCUCAGCCUGCUCAAACGCUCCAGUUCCACUCCGCCGGCCCAAAUCGCCGGCCUUCCACCGGAUCUUUUCGUUGGCUACCUGUCCAACAUCACGCCGGCACUAAACGACGGACGCUCCGAAUGCUCGUAUUCGGACUAUCAAUCACACAGCCUGACCACCGAACGUCCCGUCGCCGGUACACGACGGAAAUCCCAUUCGAAAACCACACGUCGCUCCAAAUCCAUUUCCGGCCGCGCCAGUAAAGAGGACACUUACGGCUGAUUAUAGGAAGACGGUGUUGGAGGAGUGUGUACCGUGUGGAUUAAUCAGUGGCAGACAGCUGUUUAUCCUUGGCAUAUACCGGCUUAUAUGUUUCUGGAUCUAGUCAAAACAAUCUGUGUUAUGUUUGGAAAAGAAUUGAAACUCAUGGUCGUUGUGAUUUCUCGGCUUUCAUGUGUUCGCCAACAGUGGUGGAUAAAGUUAUUGGUUUUCUAUUCACGGGACAGUUAUUUUUGAAAUUCUUAUUAUUUAUUUAGUGCUGUUUCGGGUGCGUAUUUGACUGUGCUUGCUGUUACUUUACCAUAAAGUGAUGUUUGUGCUGUAAUUCUGAAAUUUUGAUAUUGAAAGCAAGUAGUGGAUAUUAAUCUAUUGACAUGCUUUUUCUACACGAGGUGUGCUUGCAAAUCAUUACCUCACGUCUGAGGAUCGAAGAUUACGUAAUAAAUCGAUGGCAGUUAUUUCCUUCACAACAAGCGGAUUGUUGCUGUUUUUCGAUAAUUAAAAUGAUAACCGCUGAAAAUCAUGUUUACAUUCUCGGAAGUGGAAAAAAUUGCACGGUUUCAGUGAGAUGAAUAGUGCGGCGACGGCGCGGUAUUAAGGCCGGAAACAACGCCAACUCUUCUCCGUAUUACACAAUAGUAACUAUGAACUUGUCGGUGCACGUUACUAUAAACUUGUCGGCAAUAAUGCAACCAUCUCAGCUCAAGCCGCA